AUACCUUGUUAAUAUAACUAUCAUACUUGUUAUUUGUUAGAUACAAUAUUUUAUUCGUUUCUUUAGUAAAUUGAAACUAAAUAAAAAUGAUUAAUUAUUUCAUUUAGUAUUAAAAUAAACUGUGAAUGAAAUUGUUACAAACCUUGGAGUAUUUUUACUUUUGUUUCAUUUUAGUUAAACUUUGGAAAAGUGGCUGGUGGCAUAAGUUUUCGCUCUUAUAAAAUUAAUCGAGUUAGUAGAGUUAAUUUAGUGCAUGGUUAUUGUAAUUGAAAAUGUAUUAAACUAUUUACAAAGUGUAUAACUAUUUAUAAAAAUUUACGUGCAUAACAAUUAUUGUUGUUUAAUUUGUUGAACUAGUUUUUAAAUCAUAGUGAGAUGGAAGUUUCUAACGAAAUAAAGGAAGAUAUUCGUAAAACACAAACGGAUUUGAAAAAUGCAAUACGCAUUCAUCAGAUAUGGGUGACUCGAUUGGAAGAAGAUGAGAAUAAUAUUCAACUUAAGUUUAAAGUAAAUGAAGCUGAAAAAGAAAUUAUAGCCAUAAGUCAGGCUCAAAAAUUGGUUGUGGAUAGACUCCGCAAGGAGUUAGAAUUAUAUCAACAAAGACUGAGAGCCAGAAAUAAACAAGUCAGUAUAGAAAAUGACAAUAAAUAUGUAGCUCAGCAACUCAGGGAUCACCAGUUACAAUAUCGCAAUAGAAACCGUAAUAUAUCACUACUAAAGCCAUCGGUACUCAAUGAAAUACAUAUCAAGACGGAGCACAAUGAUAACAACAACUCGGAUUCUGAUAACGAAAAUAAAUACAGCGAGAAGGAGAACGCUAAUAGCAGUGAAACAGAUGAGAAGGAAAAAUACUCACAAAAUUAUAAUCAGAUUCCCAAUUUAGUAUUGGGAGGCGGCAGGAAUAAUUUAACUCAUGCCUUGAACAAAGUCAAAGAAUCCUUAAUUGAAAAUAACAUACAAGAGGAAUGUCAAUGGGAGGAACAAAGAUCAGACUCGGAUUCAACAUUUGAUCUGUCUCCGACACCGUCCCCUCCACCUCUACCUGAGCCGGGAAAACCCAUCAUUAAGGAAGUGUUCAUGAGGUUGAUCGGCCUGAUAACUCCGGCUCAGAAAGAAAUUAUUGAGAGGAAUAGGAACGAACGUCGCAAGAGAUCCACAAAUAAUUCCAACAAGAAUGACUUUCUAUAUGGAAGCUAUGAAAUGAUGCCUAAACGUAAAAAAUUAAAUCAAUAUCCGUAUCUACAAAGUCACAGUGACCCGCCUCAGACGAGAUCCGCUAAAUUACGUCAACAGCAGAACCAAAACAAAUCAUCGAGGGAGGGCUCCCCUUCCGGUUCAUGUUCCGAAGUUAAAGGUUGGGGUAACAACAAGCCAGCAUGGUUGGCUUCUCUUCCAGCUGGUUUGUCUGUGGAACCAGUUUACUCUCCCACCAAGAAAGUAUGUCAUGGGUGUGGAAGGAACGAUGUUCCAUCUCUUCUGGUGUGGUGUUCGUCCUGUACUGUAUGGCUGCAUACAGGGUGUUCAACGAGUGGUCGAUGUAGCUGUGGAUCUACGCUGCCAGACCCAGCUGAGUGCAGCGUUAAUUCCAAUAGCGACGAUAUAUAUAGAGAUAAAUUAGCGGAAAGGAAGAGGCUCCAAGAAAAGAACAUAGAGCUCUGUAAGGAACUGCGCAAGUUAGAAGCGAGGGCAGCGACCUUGAAGGAAAAUUUGGACGAACAUAACGCUGAGAAACGGCAGCUGUUGGCGGAUCAGAUAAAAACACAGAAGAAUCUACAGAAACUUCUAGACUUUAUAAGCCAGUUUAAAGAGACCUCUAUAAGCAUACGUUCAACAUCAGUGAGUGAGUCGGGCAGUGAAGUUAGUAAAAGUAAUGAAGAUUGAAGUCAGGUACCAGAAUAUUUUUGUGUGUUGUCCUAUAGAUAGCGUUAGACUGUACAAUGAAUUUAAAUGAAUCGAUGCCGUUGUUUCAGAGGAACUGUUGGUGAAUUUUAAAGUUAUUUGUUUAAAAAAAAAUGUAUUUUUUUUAUUGAAUUAAUAGGUAUUCUGUUAUGAAAUGAAUUAAUUCAAUGUGUAUAAUUUUAUGUCCAUUAAUUAUUAAAAAAUGUUCGAUCAAUUGCUAGAUAUAGAAAUUUUUUUGUAUUUUUUUUUUCCAAAAAUUUAGGUUACUUUUCGUUGGCAGCGAUUAAUUUUAAUUUAGUUUACUUAAUUUUCGGUUUUAUUAAAAAUGUUAUUGUCUGUAAGCAUGAUUUUGUUACCAAAUACUUAGCUUAUUCAGUGUUAUUGUUUAUAGCCAAUGUUUUGUUGAGAUAUGAAAAUUAUUAUUGGAUUGUAAAAAAUAAAUUUGCUACCCGAAACGUGUUCAGUAUUGAUCUUAUUUUAUGUAGCCUAAGUCUCUACACAUGUAUGUCUUAAUUAUACAAGUAUUUUUGUAUGUAAAAAAAAUUGUAUCAUUUGAUAUUGGGUACAAAAUUUCGGGUCACUCGAGGUUAGUUUUAAUCCCGCAAUGUUUUCAAUAAAAUUAAACAAAAAUUAAAAAAAAAAAAUACUUUGAAUUCUUCCGUGUUUUAAUUCCUUUAUCAUUAGUAUUGAUAUUUUCUGUGAUAUGAUUUCUGUAUAUAAAAUAUUUUGUUAGGCAGGUUUUAUGUAAAUAAAUAUUCGUAAGUUGGUACAA